AUGACAUUUAAGGAUAUACAUGAAGCUAGGAAAGUGAUCAACAUGUAUUCUCUUACAAAUGGAUAUGACUUGCAGCAAGUUAAAAGUGACCCAGCAAGGCUUAGGUACAUAUGUGUUGGUGACUGCCCCUUUGUUUGUCAUAUAUCUAAAGAUUCUUCAGGGGGUCGGUUUAAAUUCAAGACUUUAAAGCCUGAGCACAUAUGUGAACCUGCAUUUGAAAAUCAAAGAGUUGAUGCAAAUACAAUAGCUGCUUACUUAAAAAAAAGCUUGCAAGAUAAUCCCAAAAUUAAGGUUAAAGAGAUGAGAGCAAGCUUGAAAGCUGCAUUUAAUGUAAAUGUUAGUGAAUCUAAGUGCAAAAGGGCAAAGAAAAUGAUUUUGGAGAAACUUGAAGGUAGUUUUUCAGAUGAAUAUAAUAAGCUUAUUGCCUAUGCCAAUGAACUGAAACUUAGCAAUCUUGGGAGUGAUGUGAUAAUUAACUUAUCAAAAUAUACUCUUGAAGAAGGCAAAAAGAGGCUUUUAAGGAUGUAUAUUUAUUUUCAAGCAAUGAAGUCUGGGUUUAAGAGUGGUUUGAGACCUUUCAUUGGAUUGGAUGAAACAUUUUUGAAAGGGAAAGCUAAAGGUCAGCUCUUGGUGGUUGUUAGUCAAGAUUCUGCCAAUCAUUUUUAUCCAUUGGCUUGGGCUAUUGUUGAUAAAGAAACAAAACUUACUUAG